GCUGAGUCUUUGUCUGCAUAAGCUCCAGAGUGUUGCAUAGCAUCCUGCUGACCUACUGGGUAAUGACAGAGUGUAGACCUCAGUCCUUUCCCUCACCUGUCACCUCCAUCCCAUCUCCAGCUCUGCCUCUCUCCAUGGCAACUUUUAUUUCCUCAGUUAGCCAUUCUGACUAGAGUAAGAUGAAAUUCCAAGUUAGUUUUAAUUUGAGUUUCUGUGAAGGCUCAGCAUGGUGGACACUUUUGAAAGUAUGUUAUAGCUAUGUGUAUUUUUUUUGUUCUGAGAAUUUUGCUUUUAGUUUCACUUUCUGUUUUUCAAUUUUUUUUGGUUUUGUUCCAUCAGUUGAAUGUAGGGACUUGGCUAUGUGGUUAUUUGUCGAGGGGAAUUUACUGGGAACACCCACAUGCUACAGAAGCACUGGUCCCCAGAAUCUUCACAGGCCACACCCCAUCCUUGUUGUUAGGAUUGGUGUCUGUCUGUGUCCAAUCAAGAAGAGUCUAGCUGUUCCAGUACAUUAUGAAUUUAUGCUCUGUGUUUUCUGGCUGUAGAUUACUGCAUCGCACAGAAACAUUGGCUAAAGAUAUGGGGAUUCCAGGGAACAGCAUCCCCCUUCCUCUUUAAAUUGUAGCAUUGAGAAUUUAAAGCCAGAAUAUCAAGUGGGUAGAGGAAAGGUUGCUCAGCUUAGAGCUGUGUGGUAGAAUGAAAUCAGAGACAGGUCUUGUUCAAGAACACAUCCUCUUCCUCUUUUGUGUUGGAUGUCACCAUCCCCUCCCUCAGCCUGCUCAUUCUCAUGGAUGUGUCCCACCGUGUGGUCUGUGUCAUUGGUUCUGUGUGGUGUUUAUGUGGAGAUCUGGCAUGAGGCACUUCCAUGGGCCUUGGAGCUGCUCUUCUUGGAUUUGUGUCUUCUACUUCAAAUUACAUUUUAGACAAUCACGUCCGGCACAUUAUGGCUAUCUUCAUUGUGUUAACCCUUGGAGUUCUAUUGCUGGAUGCUUGGAAGAGCAGAAGAGAGCCCAUGGGGCCUUGAGAGAGCCCUAAGAUGAGAACCUAGCUGCUCCCUUCUACACCUCAACAAAAUGUUGGCAAUCAAGAGUCUAAAAGGAGAUGUGAUUUCUCUACUGAGUACUGAGUGUCUGUAUAUGUGGUACAAUACCUGCGAUGUGACUGGAAUUACAGAAUUCCUUGUGCGGUUUUUGUAGGAGAGAUUCCCCCUAGCAGCAGAUCCCUGUUUCUGUCUUCUAUAUCCUGUAGGACAUCUCUGUGCAGUGUCAAUUCUUCAUUUCUUAUUUCUCUGCACAGGAUUGCUUUCCUCUGCAGUCUUCCUUGCCACCCUGGGGACAUCCUACUUUGGAAUGUGAGUGUAUUGCAUUGUUGACAUCAACACAGAAUUGUCACCAGUGCUAACACCCUGCACACAUGGGAAUGUCAAAGGUUUCCCCUGGUCCUUGUGUAGAUGUUGGUAGUGAGUGUAGUAAGUUUCAUAUGCAAUGUCCUCUUCCAUGACUGAAGCUUUAGGCUGUUCUCCUCCAGAGACCACCUAUGCCAGGAACUAACCCUCCCCUCUCAUUCCUGCUAUAUAUAACAGUAGCAAGUCAAUGAGUUUCCAGUUUGCUUGUUCAUCUCCAACAGAGUGUGUACUGUCCACCUGACCCCAACUUUGCUUACUUCCUUUGAGUCUUUCUUCAGUGUCUUUCCCCCAGUCAGAUUCUCAAACUCAGCUGCAUGUCCUGCAUCUCUACCCAUCGUGUGUAAGGAGCUGCCUACUUGGUCUUGUAUGCUCACUAUGCUCCUCUACCACGGGCCCUGUGAGCGAAUUCCAUGCUUCAGUGUGUUUCCUUAUCAAGAACAGCACUUGCCUUCUUUCUUUUGAUCACCAGAUGUGUUUUAUUGGGAUUCUUUAUUUCAUUGGUGGCACUAGACUUUUGACUCAUCCCUUUGCCAGCGCCUUCCAUGUACCUCUAGCUUAUUUUCUUCCUCCCCCCACUGAUAUCUUAUUAUACACUUGCUUCUGAAAACAUUUCUUAGGUAUGUGUAUUUCUUGUUCUCAAAUGUUUAGUUCCACUAUUUUUAUUUUAUGUUUUGUUUUGUUUUGUCAGUGAGAUGUAGGGACUUGGCUACAUAGUUAUUUGGUCAUGGGAAUUUACUGGGAACAUCCACAUACUAUAGAAGCACUGGUCCUCAGCAUCUUCACUGGCCACCCCCCCCCAAAUCUAUGUUUUCAGAUUUGGUGUCUGCCUGUGUCCCAUCAAAAGAGUCUGACUGUUCCAGCAGAUUAUGAAUUUGUGCCUCGUAGUGUCUGGAUGCAUCCUACUGCAUCUCACUGAAAUAUUGGUCAUAACUCUCCUACAUCAGAUAUGGGGAUGCCAGGGAACAGCAUCCCCCUAUGUAGGGAGAGAUUUUACAUAUCUGUAGCUACAACCACUCUGGUGUGUGUGUGUUCACAGGUACCUAGAAUGUACAGGGGAUAAAUGGAGCUAGGGAAAGGAAAGUCUCUCUUUGGGCUUUGGUUUCAACGUGGAGAGCAGCGUGUGGACACUUGGCUCUCGGCUUUCUUGGCUUUUCACGUAAAUGAUUUCUCUUCCAAUAAAAUAUCAUAGGACAUCACUAUUUUUGUAGUUUAAUAUUUCUGCAUCACCCCUUCCACUUUAGAUGGCAUUGUUGAGAAUUUAAAGGCAGAAUUGUAGGUGCACAGAGGAACUGUUGCCCAUCCUAGAGCUGUGUGGUAGAGUGAAGUCACAGACAGACCUUGUGUGAGAACACAUCCUCUUCCUCUUUUGUGUUGGAUGUCACCAUCCCCUCCCUCAGCCUGCUCAUUCUCUUGGGUGUGCCCCACUGUGUGGUCUGUGCCACCCGUCCUGUGUGCUGUUUGUGUGAUCUGGCAUGAGGCACUGCCAUGGGCCUUGUAGCUACUCUUCUUGGACUUGUGGUUUUAAUGGAGCAGAAGAUCUGGGCACAGAGUGGGCUACUACCCCAACCUUCCAUCUGGGCAGUUCCAGGAGCUGUGAUUUCCACAGGCAGUGAUGUGAGCAUCUUCUGCAGGACCCCUCCAGGGGUGACCACACUCCGUCUAUACCAUUAUGGACCUUAUAUGAAAUGGUUUGAAAGUACCCCAGAGGAAGCCCAGGAGGUGUUUGAAUUCAGUCUGCAGUAUAUGACACACAUCAGUGCAGGGAUUUACUACUGUGAAUACACCAAGGGAGGAGAAUGGUCACAAAUUAGUGACAGACUGGAGCUGGUGGUGACAGGUGUUUACAUGGAGACGCCAUCCCUUACUGUGGAUUCAGGACCUCAGGGAUUCCCAGAAAGAAAUGUGACUCUCCUCUGUCACACACACUCUCCAUUUAACAUCUUCAUCCUCUGCAGAGAUGGAAAUGCCUCCUUCCCCCAGAACUGUUCACAUCAGUCCCACAGCACAUUCCUCAUCUCCCUUGUGAGCCCAGGGCACAGGAGGACCUACAGAUGCUUUGCUUCUUAUGAACACAGUCCCUCCUUGUGGUCACUGCCUAGUGAUCCCCUGAAGUUGUCAAUCCCGGUUUGGCGCAUUGCUUGGCUGUGAAUCUCUGCUUCUGCUUUCUU